GCAAUCUAAUACUUGCAGUAUUCUAUUUUAUUUUAUUGCAUAAUCACAAGAUUCCAGGAAUUAAACUUUUGAACUAUUAUUCUCAUUAUUUCUCAAUGCUUUUAGUUGCAUGAACUGAUAUUUGUAUAUAUGCGCCAUUGAACAUCUCUCAUUUCACAUACCAAAGCUUGAAGCAAUAGUGUUCAGCCUUGCCUGUCUUUGAAACAAGGAGGGUGAAACAGGGCAGGAAAGCAGAGUAGAGAGAGAGAGAGAGAGAUACAGAGAUGGCGGGAAACGACUGGUUAAACGGUUAUUUGGAAGCAAUUUUGGAUGCAGGAAGUAACACAAGGAAGAUGAAUGAUGGGAGGGUGAAAAUUGCAAAGUUUGAAGAGCAAGUAAAGGAGGAAAACAUGUUUAGCCCCACUAAGUACUUUGUGGAAGAAGUUAUCAAUAGCUUUGAUGAGUCUGACCUCCACAGGACAUGGGUUAAGGUAAUAGCUACAAGGAAUACCCGUGAACGCAGCAAUAGGCUUGAGAAUACAUGCUGGCGCAUUUGGCAUCUCGCUCGUAAAAAGAAACAGAUUGCAUGGGAUGAUGCACGAAGACUUGCAAAACGACGUCUGGAGCGAGAACAUGGGCGUAACGACGCGGAGGAUGACCUGUCGGAGCUGUCCGAAGGGGAGAAGGAAAAAGAAGGGGAAAAGGAAAAAGGGGAACCACUUAUCAAGGAUAUUUUAAGAACUAAAUCCGACAUACGCAUAUGGUCCGAUGAUAUUGAUAAAUCUAGGCAUCUUUACAUUGUCCUAAUCAGCAUUCAUGGGUUGAUUCGUGGAGAAAACAUGGAACUCGGAAGAGAUUCUGAUACAGGUGGUCAGGUGAAAUAUGUGGUGGAACUUGCUCGUGCUCUGGCCAAUACAAAAGGAGUCUACCGAGUUGAUCUGCUAACUAGACAAAUUACUUCACCGGAGGUAGACUCUAGCUACGGUGAACCCAAUGAGAUGCUCAUUUGUCCACCUGAUGGCAGCGGCAGCUGUGGAGCCUAUAUUGUCCGAAUCCCAUGUGGGCCCCGUGACAAGUACAUACCUAAAGAGUCACUUUGGCCUCACAUACCUGAAUUCGUUGACGGGGCUCUCGGCCACAUUGUGAACAUGGCAAGAGCUCUUGGUGAAGAAGUCAAUGGAGGGAGACCGACAUGGCCUUAUGUGAUCCAUGGCCACUAUGCUGAUGGUGGGGAGGUGGCUGCUCACUUGUCUGGGGCCUUGAACGUGCCAAUGGUGCUAACUGGGCAUUCAUUAGGCCGAAACAAGUUUGAACAAUUGCUCAAACAAGGGAGAUUAUCAAAGGGAGACAUCAAUGCAACCUACAAAAUCAUGAAGAGGAUCGAGGCUGAGGAGCUGGGAUUGGAUUCUGCUGAAAUGGUGGUCACCAGCACAAGGCAAGAGAUUGAGGAGCAAUGGGGACUCUAUGACGGCUUUGAUCUCAAGUUGGAGAGGAAGCUCAGGGUUAGGAGGCGUCGUGGAGUUAGCUGCCUUGGACGAUACAUGCCAAGAAUGGUGGUUAUACCUCCAGGCAUGGACUUCAGCUAUGUUAUGGCCCAAGAUACGGAAGGAGAUGGAGAUCUGAAAUCAUUGAUUGGCUCUGACAGAGGUCAAAACAAAAGGCAUCUGCCUCCAAUAUGGUCCGAGGUCAUGCGAUUUUUCACCAACCCUCACAAGCCCACCAUACUUGCACUCUCUCGUCCUGACCCCAAGAAAAAUGUCACUACAUUGCUCAAGGCAUUUGGGGAAUGCCAAGCUCUACGGGAGCUAGCCAACUUGACACUAAUACUUGGUAACAGAGAUGACAUUGAAGAAACGUCAAAUAGCAGCGCAGUUGUUCUAACAACCGUGCUCAAGCUCAUUGACAAGUAUGAUUUGUAUGGGCAAGUGGCCUAUCCCAAGCAUCACAAGCAAUCGGAUGUGCCUGACAUAUAUCGUCUAGCUGCCAAAACAAAGGGUGUUUUCAUCAACCCAGCUCUCGUGGAACCCUUUGGUCUCACAAUUAUAGAGGCAGCUGCUUAUGGCUUACCAGUGGUCGCCACGAAAAAUGGAGGACCUGUCGAUAUUCUAAAGGCACUAAACAACGGCCUCCUAGUUGACCCACACGACCAGAAAGCCAUAGAAGAUGCACUUCUGAAGCUUGUUGGAGACAAAAACCUCUGGCUCGAAUGCAGAAAGAAUGGCCUAAAGAACAUCCACCGCUUUUCGUGGACAGAACACUGCCGAAACUACCUCUCCCAUGUUGAACAUUCCCGACACCGCCACCCCACUACCCGCCUUCAGAUCAUGCCAAUUCCUGAAGAACCAUUGAGUGACUCUCUAAAAGAUGUGGAAGACCUUUCUUUGAGAUUCUCUGUAGAGGGAGACUUCAAGCAUAAUGGAGAGCUUGAUGCAGCAACGAGACAGAGGGAACUCAUUGAAGCCAUAACUAGAAUGGCUUCAUCCAACAGCAAUACCGGUGUUAAUUAUGGUCCUGGUAGAAGGCAGAGGCUAUUUGUAAUAGCCAUUGAUUGUUAUGACCAGAAUGGAGAUGAUGCCCAGAUAUUUCAGGAAACUCUGAUGACUGUAAAGAAAGCAGCAAGCGUAGGCUAUGGCCAGGGGCAAGUAGGUUUUGUGUUGUUAACUGGUUCAAGUUUACAAGAGACCAUCAAAUCAUUUAAAGACUGCCAAGUAAACAUAGAAGAUUUUGAUGCGCUGGUCUGCAAAAGUGGGAGUGAAAUGUAUUACCCAUGGAGGGAUUUGGCAGCUGAUGCAGAUUAUGAAAUCCAUAUUGAGUAUAGAUGGCCUGGAGAGAAUGUGAGGUCCAUGGUGCCAAGGCUAGCCACGUUAGAAGUUGGGGCUGAGGAUGACAUCAUGGAGUAUGCAGGAUCAAGUAGCUCUAGGUGCUACUCUUAUAAUGUGAAACCAGGAGCCAAGACUCGAAGGGUCGAUGACGUGCGCCAAAGGCUGCGGAUGAGGGGCUUCCGGUGCAACCUUGUCUACACUCGUGUAGCAUCAAGAUUAAAUGUUGUACCACUAGUUGCAUCAAGAAUACAAGCACUAAGAUAUCUUUCCAUCCGGUGGGGAAUUGAUCUAUCCAAAGUGGUUGUGUUUGUGGGGGAAAAAGGAGAUACAGAUUAUGAAGACCUGCUGGCUGGCCUCCAUAAGACCCUAGUUCUAAGAAGUUCGGUUGAGUAUGGCAGUGAGAAGCUUGUUCAUGGUGAAGAUAGUUUCAAAAGAGAAGAUGUAGUCCCACAAGAUAGCCCUAACAUUGUCCUUGUGGAGAGCUAUCAAGCCCAUGAUAUCUCAGCAGCAAUUGAAGCAAUGGGGAUCAAGUGAUUUUUGUUUUUCCAUUAUUUCUCCUUUGCUUCUCUAUAUAGGGAAUAUAUUUCGACAACUCAAGCACAAGUCUGAGUACCACACAUAAGAGAAUAUACAUCUCAACUUCUUGUAAGUAAUUUCGGUUUCUGCAAGUAUAUACAUAUAAAAUAACUGAAAUUUCCAUUUUUCAGUGCAUCUUUUAAUUUCAUUACUAACUAAUACAAA